UCACUCUCAUUCUUCAACUCACAAUUGCCUCUUCUCUCUUAAAAAACUUCCCUUGCAUCUCUCUCUCUCUCUCUCUCUCUCUCUCUCUCGCUCCAUUCUAAAGAAGAAAAGCUUUCUUUUUUUUUGUUGUGCUUUUCGGUGUUCGAAUCAGAUGGCUUUAGAAGCUCUUAACUCUCCAACAGCUGCUACGGCUCCUUUUCACUUUGAGGAUAGCAACUUACACUGCCUGGAGUCAUUUGCCAAGCGUAAGCGUUCAAAGCGACCACGUUUUGACCAUGUUCCCACCGAGGAAGAAUACCUCGCUCUCUGCCUUAUCAUGCUAGCACGCGGUGGUGGAGCCACCUCCACUUCCACUGCCACUAUCCCACAUCGCCACCGCUCUCCUACUCCAACCAACGCACCACCGCCAGCACCAGCACCAGCACCGACCUUAACAGAGCAAAAACUUAGCUACAAGUGCAGCGUUUGCAACAAGGCCUUUAACUCUUACCAGGCUUUGGGUGGCCACAAAGCCAGCCACCGUAAGCCUUCAGGCGGCAACGAUGACCAGUCAACGUCAACAACCACAUCUGCGACAGCCGGUGGAGUCACUUCCUCCACGUCAAACCCAAGCGGUAGGUCCCACGAGUGUUCAAUCUGCCACAAAAGCUUCCCAACAGGCCAGGCCCUGGGAGGCCACAAGCGAUGCCACUAUGAAGGUGGGACUGGGAAUACCGGUAGCAAUAGCGGCGUGACGAAAUCUGAAGGAGUGGGCUCAACCAAUACCAUGAGCCACAUCAGCCAGCGGGACUUUGACCUGAACCUACCGGCUUUGCCAGAAUUCUCACCGGCUAAUUUCUUUGUUUCCGGCGGUGAUGAUGAAGUGGAAAGCCCACACCCUGCUAAGAAGCCACGCCUCUUGAUGCAGAUGCCACCCAAGAUUGAAGUCAACUAAACAAUUUCUAGAAUUUUUUUUAGUUCUAUGUAGGAAUUAAAUUUUAGGCCAGAUUCGAUGUAUUUCUUUCUUUUUUCUUUUGGUUUGGUGAGAACUUUUUUUUUCUGUACAUAGCACUUGAACAAUUCAUCAGUCUCAAUUGCUACUGUUUUUGUUAAUUCGAUUCAAUUCAAUUCAUUUAAUUCCUCUUAA